UCGAGACGACAACAAACUGUGUUGUAAGCUAGUAGAGUGCUUUUAAAGUCUGAAUUAGAGGAUGGUUGAAGGUCCAGGCUGCACAUUAAACGGAGAGAAAAUCCAUUCGAAAGUCCAGAAAGGACAGAAAUUAAAAGAGACCAGAGGCAGUUUGAUAACUUCGGCGAAAAACAGCUCCAAGGAAAAUGUCUUCCACAGUCUUUGUGGUUGUCAGUACACCGGUGUUGACACUUUGGGAAAGGAGCUCUUCAUGUACUUCGGUGUAAGAGCCUUGAGAGUCCACUUUGGUAUGAAUGGAUCAAUGCGUAUAAACCCUGCUGAGAGGAAGGAUAGGACUGGCUCCAUACCAGCACUGGAAAUCCACCUGAGUAACGACAUUGUGUGCUUCUUUGACAGCACUGUGGAAAUAAGGUUGACAGAGGACUGUGAGCAAAGGGUGAGGGCUAUGGAGAGUCAGGAUGUGUGCUCACCCAAGUUCAGCUUCUCCCGCUCUGAGGAGGCAGUGAGAAGCCAAAGUAGCAGGAUGCUCUGUGACGUUCUCCUAGACCAGGCCGUCAUGCCAGGAGUCGGCAACAUCAUUAAAAACGAAGCACUGUUUGACUCGGGCCUCCACCCAGCCGUGAAGGUUCAGCAACUGACAGACGAGCAGAUCCACCACUUGGUGAAGAUGACGCGUGAUUUCACUCUCCUGUUUUACAAGUGUCGCAAAUCUGGCUCUCCUCUCUACAAACAUUACAAAGUCUACAAGCGUCCCCAGUGUGGCCAGUGCUUUCAUGUCAUCACAGUCUGUCGUCUAGGAGACAACGGCAGGAUGACUUACUUCUGCGAGAGCUGUCAGAAAGGAGAUCCCAGCAAGGUUGAUAUCAGUAAGCUUCCAGUCAGAAACAGCCUGAUUGGCUGGGCCUACAAUGAGAGAACCAAUGAUAAUGUGGCUAAGAAGGAGGAAGAGGACUGGACCUGUCAACUCUGCACACUCAUCAACCAGCCAGCAGCCAAAGCCUGUGAUGCAUGCCUCACUCCAAGACCUGAGGCCCACAAAGACAACAUUAGCGCUGAAGCAUCACCCUUCACUGCUGACUUGAUUGACUUGAUUAAAUACCCCUGCACUGCCUUCAAGAAGCCACAAGAGGAGCUCAAAGUCAACUGGAGGUCUGCAUUUGGGACUUCCACCCUUGUUUUCUCUGACUUGAGCAAGAAGCCAAAGCCUGUAAACUCCCCACUCUGCCCAGCCGGCAGUCAUUUGAAUUCCUUGGCGGCAGAGCGAGGUUUAUAUAAAUACAGUGUCUGCCAAGGGACAACAAGCCCCAAUUAUGCCUCUGGUGGCUGGCAGAGGCAAAGUGCCGAGCUCUCCAAUGGGGAAUCACUGGCCUCCUACAGUCACCCAUCCAAGAAAAUGAGAAUUGAUCACAGUCCCUUUCCCAGUAACAAUGCUCAAAAUGGAACCCCCAACUCAUGUACACGGAAAAUAGAUGCGACAAGCCGCAGCUCCUCCAUUUCUUCCAAUCCCAGUGCUCCAUGUUGUGCAUCCCAUCGUCGUCCAACUGUCCUCAGAGUGGUCCACAAGGAGGGGGAGAAUAAGGGACGACAGUUCUACGCCUGCUCACUUCCCAGAGAGACUAAAUGUAACUUCUUUGAGUGGGCUGACUUGCACUUCCCUUUUUGUCACCAUGGGAAACGCUGUUUAAUGAGGACGGUCCUGAAACUAGGACCCAACAACGGCCGGAAUUUCUACACCUGCAGCUUUCAAAAGGGUAAACAGUGUGACUUUUUCCAGUGGGCAGACAAUGGACCAGGGGUGUCCAGCCUCCCUGGUUGUUAAUGUGUUUUUGCAAUGCAUCACUUCCAAGUGAAACCCGAUGCCUAUAUGUUCACAUAAAUCAAAAUAGAACGGGACCCAAUAACUCUAACCUUCAUGAUAUUUGCACAACGUACUGAACCACACAUGUAAUGGAGAAUGUCUUUCAGAUCACACCACUUGUUUGUACAAAAACAUUGUACCUAAUCAAAUGUCUAGUUGCAUUUUAUUUGUAUCCUGUCCUAUCAGUGCCCAUCUGUUAAAGAAGUAUGAAAAAUGUGAUAAUCUAGACAAGUUAAAGCAGCAAAAAGUAAAAUUUUGUGAGUUUCACAUGAGUUUUUAAUUACAUUUUAUUUCUGAAUUAAAACCAAAAUCAUCAACAUAAAAACAGUAUUAAUUUAUUGACGUAUAUAAGAGGUGCACACAAACAUACACCAUUUAAAAGCAGUCCACAGACUUCAGGAGUGGUGUAUCCGAGUUUGAUACCAUGUAGUGGAACUGGGAGAAGCCAGGGACUUUGCUACAGGCUGCACCUUCAAAGAGCAAAACAUUAUGUUACAGGUCAAACGAAGUUUGUAUCACCUUUGCAUUAAGGCCCUAUUUAAUGCUAGUAUUAAAUGAUAUCAGUAUGAUCUGUAUAAAGAUCUGCCAUUCAAAUACUAACAAGCCUAAUCACAUGCACUGUAUUACACCUGUUCAUCUACAUGUUUUACUAUCUGCAUCACGUGCUGAUGUAAUUAUUCAUACACACUGUAAAGUGGGCAAUAAGUGUGGAAGUGGCAACACAAACAUUUUAGUUGUGGGGUGAAUAGAUAAAAUAAAAAUACGGGGUGUUGAGUGUUGAGUAUUAAAAGUUGAAAGGGUUAUCUUAAAGGUAAUCUGUGUUUUAGACUAUUAGGAGCACUGUGAAUCACUUUUUGAGUCAACCCCCCCCCCCUUUGUCUCCUGCACAUUGCACACACCUUCUUUCUCAUUCAACUGACCUACAGGUGGCAGUAACUCGCCAAGAUGUGCAGCAAUGUGUAAACAAAUGCAGUGAAUAAGAUAGCAAGCUGUUGAACAUGGCUGUAAACAAUGCAGGGUUUAAAAUGCCUGAACAUUCAGCUUUGCACAUGUUUUGUGAGGAAAGAAAUGCAAUCAAACAUGUUUGUUAGACCUCAAGUAUACACACAAUGCACUCGUAACAGUGGACGUAAACCAAACUUUCGUCUGUUUCCAAGAACACUCCACAGGGCACCUUCAUGAGUUUUUUGACAGACGCAAGCGGAGUGGCAUGGCACUUUAGCUGCCACACUGUUGUCAUGAGAACAAAACAAUUACCAGGUAGAACAGAUUGUGCUGGGGUUCCAGUGAAGACUGGAUGUCAAACUUCAGAUUAGAAGACAGUUUAAUGAAACUGGGGUAUUAUCUGUACAGUUAAAAUUAUGUUGACACAUUUACCAUUAAUCUACAUAAAUCUUUGGCCAUCUAGUUUCAAACCUUUUGAAGGCUGUACUGUAUGUUGCGCACUUGUCUCCUCAGGUUGUGUGAAAACCUUUUAAAGCAAAUUCAAAUUAAUUACAUCAAGUCUGACUUGACUUGCACUUAUACUUAUUGUCAUAGUGCCAGUCCACAUGAAAUGCCCCCCCAUUUAAGAGAUUGUUAAAUGUAAAAUAUUUUGUUGAUGGCAUUACAGUAGCAAGACCACACAGAAAAUUGGUUAUUUGUAUAUACAUAAUUGGAAGUCAGGACUAGUUUGGGUCAGUUUUAAAGCCGAUGUCCUACAAGCAUGUGAAAAUCUAAUAAUAUUCUAAUAUUUUUAAUUCUAAUUACAUUCUAAUGAUGGCCAUUUAAAAAGAAGCAGUAAACUGUUAUGAUUACAGCAACCAGUUAUUUGUACAUAUUGAUAUUUUAUCUGUUCAGGCAUAAUUUACACUGGAUUCUCUCAUUUUUUUACUGAAAAUUACAAUAAGGAAGUAUAAAUGCAUAGUAUGUAAUAGCUUUCAGGCAAAUACAAAUACUCAUAGAAACUGAAAGAAAAAGCUAUUAAAAAAAGACUGCCCUUAUCAAUAUGUCCAUGUGUAUACAUCUGCUUGUCAGCAUUUCUCUGCAUGUGUGUGUGUAACUUGGUUGCAUUUGGCAUAACAAAGGCAGGUGUGAACCUUAACACUCACCAUAAUGGCCUGUUGUGUUAGCACAGAUGAUGGCUCCAAAGAAUUCUGAGUAAUGCCUCUUGAUUCUGGAAAUGGCCGUCUUGCAGGCUGCCGAGGGAUCGGCCCCGGUCCUCAUCAGCUCCACGGCCAAGUAACUGUUGGCAGGAUUACAUGAAGUACACAUGAGGCGAGCUAAGGAGUGCUGUCAGGGCCACCAACCAGGAUGAUGAUGGGGAUGUGCAUGUGAUUAUGGCGUGGGAUAAAUCUGAUGCAAACAAAUCUCAAUGUCAAGAAACAGUGAUUAAAUAUGAUCCAAAAAUUCAGUAUUUCCACUCUCACUCACUAAUUUACCAUCACUGCAAAGCAAAUGACUGGCUCUGACAUUAACUCCAUUACCCUGAGGUCAAAUGUACAAAACAAUGAGCGACACGUUGCAAUUUCCUAAAAUUGACUUCUGUAAAAGUUUGUAUUUUAGCGUGUGAAAUGUGUAGUAGGGCUGCACGACUGGACGAAUAUAUUGGUUAUUGAGUGCAUCACCAGUUUUUGUUGGAGUGGAGGAGAGCUGCUGCCCAGCGACAGACUUGCGUACAGCGAGUUAACAGUGUGUAGAGCCAGAAUAAUUUUUGAUCUAACUCAAUGAACUGAGGGUUUAUUUAGAUCAAACCUGAGUUGGUGAUUGUUGGAACAGUGGAAAGACUAACCAAGGUCGUUUCUGUCUGUUUUAUUUUAUUUCUGUCGUGUUUGAAUGAAGUCUGUCUUAUGAUGAGUUAUAUAAAGGCAGUGAAGCUUGUCUUGGUGAAUGAGAGAAACUUGAAUUCAAAAGGUUGUAUUUUUCUGUUUUUUGGGGAAAAUAGAUGUAAGAAGAGUUUAUUCAUUAGACCAAGAAAAGCUAACAGCUGGGGGUACACACACAAAAUUGUCGAAUAUUGGAAAUCGCUAGAAGAUGUUGACGCAUCGUCCAACCCUAAUGUGCAGACACCUGAUUCCUAAAUGAAUACUUCUGACAGGAGAUGUCUCAUGGCAGCUGUUAUUUUUCACACAACAUAGUGAGCAAAUUUGUGCAAAAUUUCCCUUUUUGGAAUGUGGUACUUUUCAUUUGAAUGUAUCUCAUAACACUCGUUAAAAGUAUUUUUUUUUUAUUUUUGGACCAUUCCGACAUACAGAAACAGGACAGAUGCAUUUUUAAAAUGGCUCAUUGCUAGUGAUGAUGUGUUACUUAUACAUUUUGACAGCGAUGUCCAUGGGAAGCCUUGCAACCACACUUGCUCAGAAAAAUGUGGGCAUGGAGAAUGAAUGAUAAACAGUCUGCAGUCCAGUAGUAGCAAGGUCUUCUUGAAAAAUGCAUCCCCCAAUAGUUCAAGGAAGUGACUGAGAAAGCUGUGAUUGAAAUAGGCAUCCCUGAGGUGUGGUUGUG